GUUCACCGCGGUGCGUCGUCGGUCGUAAAUAUCAAAACAAAACAUCGUGUGGAUUUCUGUCUGUGCUUGAUUGGAAACAGGAAAAACACAUUGAAGAAAAUAUCGUUCCUGCUGCACGUGCGCGUUUCCGCGUUAUAUUCGUUAUAUUCGCGUGAUUCAGGAUUUGGAUUUCAGAUAUUGGGGGUCGUGAUCUGUUGCUACGCCAGCUGAUUCCCAUAGUAGCAAACAGCCAAUCAAUCAUCUUCCAUAUAGGAGUGGUACAGCUGAUUAUCGACGACUACGUUUGCGUUGAUGUGAGGAAGCACAGACUGCAGGAUGUUCUACGUCAUUGGUCUCGGGUUGGGUGAUCCUAAAGAUAUCACCGUUAAAGGCUUGGAGAUUGUGAAGCGGUGCGAACGAGUUUAUUUGGAAUCGUACACCUCGAUACUGACAUGUGGACAGGAGAAACUGGAGGAAUUCUACGGCCGACCACUUAUCUUGGCAGAUAGAGAAUUGGUGGAGACUGGCACAGACGACAUUUUAGAAAAUGCCCAUUUGGUGGAAGUUGCCUUCCUAGUUGUGGGAGAUCCGUUCGGCGCAACAACCCAUACCGAUCUUUUGCUGCGGGCCAAAGAAAAGAACAUUCCGUUCCAGGUGAUUCACAACGCUUCCAUCAUGAACGCCGUAGGAUGUUGCGGGUUGCAGUUGUACCACUUCGGCGAGACCGUGUCCAUCCCAUACUGGAAUGAUGUUUUCCAACCGGAUAGUUUCUUCGAUAAAAUCAUUGCCAAUCUCGAACACGGAUUACACACUCUUUGCCUUUUGGACAUUCGGGUUAAAGAACCAACCCUGGAAUCGUUAAUGAGGAAAAAACGUGAAUACGAGCCGCCUCGGUUUAUGAGCUGCCGGGAGGCAGCCGAUCAGCUGGUCCAGUUGAUUCACAAGCGCAAACAGAACGGAGAGUCGGGACAUCAUCACUUGUUCAACGAUCGGAACGUUGUGAUCGGACUGGCCCGAGUUGGUCACGACACCCAGCAGAUCAAGGCCUGUACCCUGAAAGAGAUGAAGCAGGCUGAUUUGGGAGAUCCGUUGCAUUCAAUGAUUAUCCCAGCGGAUAUGCAUCCAGUGGAGACGGAGUUUUUACAACAGUUCUGUGACGAAAAUUUGGAGGAGUUGCAGAAGAAGACUCGAGAGGAACCGGCAAUUAUUUUUAAACUGGACAGUACUAGCAAUUCGAACAACUGAAUCAACCCCGGCGGUUCAGUAAUGAUAAAUUGUUUUAUUUUUAUUUAAUGAGCGUAUCUAAUAAUAUGCUAAUAUAUAUCUACCCUCUGA